UGUGAACCUGACUUUUUGCUCGUCACGGAACAUUUUGUUGUAGGAAAUUUCUGUAAUUUUAAUUCAAUAAUUAGCUUUAACUACGAAAUGUUUCUUUUUAAUCAAUUUCUUUUUUAUUUCUUGAUUUUUCCUGAUUUUUUCUUACUGUCUUGUGAAGUGUAGAAAAUGACAUUUCCUGUAUUUACAAAAGCUUUGAUACAUUGAAAUUUUCUUCGUAUUUACGUAUAAUUCGGAACAAAACCUUGCUGCUUCGCGUGAUGGAUAAGGGCGUGACUUGUGAGCAUCUUAAUAAGUUGGUUGAUGUACUUGGGAAGGAAUUAUGGCAAUCAAGCGAGGAGUUAACAUGUUUCGACUGUGGUGCCUGUGGACCCAAUCUCUGGAUCUGCCUGCAACCUGACUGCCAUCACAUCGGCUGCUCUGAAGUUAAAAAUGACCAUAGCACAAUACAUCAAAAGAACUAUACUUCACAUUGUGUGCAUAUGAACGUUUCCACUGAGAGGAUAUGGUGUUAUUUGUGCGAAAAGGAGGUGCAUAUAAGAGCGGCUGUUGCCCAUGCGGCGAUGUGUCCGGACUCGACGACGUUAGACAGUUCUAUCGGCGCGAGGCUUGGCAGCUACGGCAUCAGCGGAGAUGAUGACCUGGAUCCUGAUGAUAUGGACUAUGAUGAUGAUACCCAGUCUAGAGGUCUGGUGGGUCUGCAGAACAUGGGCAACACGUGCUACAUGAACGCGGCGCUGCAGGCGCUCAGCAACUCGCAGCCCUUCACCUCCUACUUCCUGGAGUGCGCGGCCGCCGUCGCCGUCUUAGCCGGCGAUAAGAAACCGGGACUAAGCAGAGCAUACCAAAAAUUAAUCAAAGAAAUGUGGAGUAAGAAAACUAGAGGCUAUCUUGUACCUAAUGGUAUAUUAUAUGGUAUACGGAAUGUAUACCCGAUGUUCCGCGGCUACCAGCAGCACGACACGCAGGAGUUCCUGCGCUGCUUCAUGGAUCAGUUGCACGAGGAACUCAAAGAACCGAUGUGGGAGACGUCUGCGUGCUGCGAGGCGGACGGAGACCACUCGAGCGGGCGCGUGCACGUGCGCCGCCGCGCCGCGUCCUCCGGGGCUAGUGACGCGCCGUACUUCGUGCGCACGCGCCGCGCCUCCCCCGCCAGCGAGGGCAGACCCACGGGAUACAACAGAGUGCAAUCAAGUACGGAAGGAGGGAACUCCCGUCACAGGAGGUCUGCGAGUUUCGCGGGCACUCACCAGUUCACAUACAACGCCCUCACACAUACAAUUAACGGUGCAGCAGAUUCUCAGCGGGACGUAGGCUCGGAGUCGGAGUUGUCGUGUUCCAGUGAACCUGACGAGAGAUACGAGACCUGUUCCAGCGGCAGCGAGCCGCCCGACACGCGGAUAGACUCGCCGGAGUCGUUUUGUAGGAGCAAGUUGUGCGGAGGAGCGGGCGGCGGCGACGGCGGUCGCGGCGCGCGCUACCGCAGCAUCGUGUCUGACGUGUUCGACGGAAAACUGCUCUCCUCUGUGCAGUGUCUCAUCUGUGACAGGGUGUCGACGCGUGUAGAAACAUUCCAAGAUCUAUCUCUGCCGAUACCAUCGCGGGAACAUCUCGCGGUGUUAAGAUGUCAGCAGCCGAUAUUGAACCAUCAUGUGCAACAUAGUUCACAGGAAUCCUGGGUUUGGUGGGUACUGAGCUGGCUAAGGUCGUGGUUCUACGGCCCUGUCGUCUCGCUACAAGACUGUCUGGCGGCUUUCUUCAGUGCGGACGAACUCAAGGGCGAUAACAUGUACAGCUGUUCCCGCUGCAAUAAGCUGCGAAACGGCGUGAAGAUGUCGGGUGUGGUUCGUCUGCCGGAAGUUCUCUGUGUACAUCUGAAGAGAUUCAGACACGAGUUAAUGUUCAGUGCUAAAGUCGCUGCAAGGGUGUCAUUCCCCAUAAAUGACUUAAAUAUGGCACCAUAUACACAUAAAGAAUGCACGUCACAUAUAUCGCGGUACGCCCUGAGCGCGGUGAUCUGUCACUCGGGCACGGCGGGCGGCGGACACUACACGUGCGUGGCGCGCUCGCCCGCCGGCUGGCACGCGUUCGACGACGCCGCCGUGCUGCCCGUGCCCGCACACCACCUCGCCGCUUGCGAGGCUUAUGUGCUGUUUUACAGGAAAGUAAACCCUCAGAUGACAUUACUACGACAGAAGGCAGCGGAAAUUCUCGAGUCGACGAAUGUGGAGCCCAACGAUAUCAAGUUUUAUAUUUCCAAGCAGUGGCUUAACAAAUUCAAGACGUGGGCGGAGCCGGGCCCCAUCGAGAACGGGGACUUCGUGUGCGUGCACGGCGGCGUGCGGCCCGAGCGCGCGGCGCAGCUGCACGCGCUGGCCGCCGUGCUGCCGCAGCCGCUCUGGCAGUUCCUGCACAACACGGAAAUAGACGGCAUCACAACAUAUUCACUGAAACCCGGGUCCGAUCACGCUCAACUCAGUGAAGAACUAUGGAGAUUCUUCACCGGCAUAUACGGCGGUGGUCCUGAGGUCCGGCUGCGCUCUCCGGUCACACACGACAGGGACCACAGGGAACGAGACCACAGGGAAAAAGACCACACAUUCACAAGAAGACUAUCAAGGAAAUACUCCGAAUCCGACAGAGAGGAAUACUGCACCAAAUCAACAUCAGAAAUGAAUAUAAGAGAUUCAAUACAUAACGAAUUACAGAAGAACCAAUCUCUACAGAAUAUCAACAGACGGCACAGAGUAAGAUCAACGGAAUCAGACGAGGACGUUAGGUAUAAAAGUUACACAAAACGUCAUGAAACUAACGGAAAUUGUGAUUCUGAUGAAGAAAUGGAUACUCAGCCGUACGGGAAUACGAUACGAAUGGAGAAUGGUAUUGAUAGUUCUGAAAAUGACGCGAAUGACAACCCAGUGUACACAAACAAAUUGACGGAUAAUGAUUUCAAUAUUGACAUAAAGAAUAGAAAGUCGGGUAAAGUGAGGAAAAGUAGGCGAAGGACGGUGAAAUGAUUUCUCUUGGCUUUUCAAUUCGUUUACAGGUUAUGUAGGCGUGGGUGACAGCACUGACUCGUCUGGCCCGGUGUACAAAAGGCCACAUUAAUUUUAGAUUCAUAGUGAUCGUCUACUUAAAAACAUAGAUUAAAAAGAAUCGAUUCAUUAUAAAUCGAUUUUAAUAUAAAAAUCGAUGUUAUCAAUUCGAUUACGUUGUUACUGUUUCGUCACAAGUAACGACUUUCGUUUGACAUAAUAAAAAUAUAAUCGAAAAAUUUAAAAAAUUAAACUAUAAUGUAGUAAAAAAAUAUUUUAUGCCCAGUUUUAGUGUUAAAUCUAGAAGUGUCAAAUGUGAUCUAUUAAAAAGGUCUUGAAAUAUCAAAAAAAGUGCAAUAUUUUUUUUAUCGUAUUGUUACUUGUUUUGUGUAAUUCUAUAUAUCUGUGGUAUGUUUUAUGUUUUCUGACAGGACGAAUGAUGACAGCGCCUCACCGGGCCAGAUUAGUUAAUCCGACUACCUUUGGUGACUGGUGUUUAACUUGUUAGAUGAAUAUCCAAUUUAAAAAAAUAUAAUUAUUUUUAAAUGUUACCAAUGAAAUAAAAGCAAAUAAUAAAAAAUAUAGUUCAAUUAUAAAGCCAUUCCGGCUAGCAAUUAUUGUUACAUACAAAAUGCAGUGGACAUUAGAUAAUUAAAAAUAUGACGAAUCGAUGUAUCAAAUAUUUGAUCAAUAUCGAUAUUGAAAUAUUUCAAAUAUAACAUCGAUGUUGUGAUUAACUUAGGGAUAUCGAUUUUUGUUUGGAAAAUUUGAAAUGGAAAGCAAUAUAUAUAGUAAUAUUGAUGUGCUGCUUUUUCGGUAUUUGAUAGUUAUGUAAUUAUAAACUUUAUUAUAAUAAUAUACCACCGAUAAGGUCAAAAAUACAUAGAUAAUAAUAACGACAAUGUUAUUUAAACAAAAAAUAGUAAAAUCAAUAUGAAAACUUUUAAAAUGUACAUGUAAAUAAUAUUUUAAUUCUAUUAAAUUAAUUAAAAUCUUGACAUCAGUUGAUUUUGCUCGAAACAUUGUUUUGCAAAUCGAAUAUCGAUAUGGUUAUAUAACAUCGAUUUUUAAUUGUUAAAAAUCGAUUUCUUGCAUUUAUCCGGCACAUUUUGGCGCCAUCUUUGUUACGAAGCGAUUUUUCUAGAAAAUAUAUACUAAAUACCGCGGCCUGCCGCUCGCGCGGUGUUUAUUUUAGUACAAUUUUGUUUUUUUAGUAUAAAUUCAGAUCUAGAUAAAUUUUAGAUUUUCAUGUUCGAUGUUUCUAUAUUGUCGGAUUAUAUUUACAAUAUUGAUGUAUAUGUGUAAAUGUAAAAUUUUAUAGUAAUCGUAGAUUUCCACUGGCGUUUACAAAACAUUGUUAUCCCUUUUGUUCAAUAAGAGAUGGUGAUGUUUUUGUAUAUGUUGUGUCAGUGGGGACACGAUAAAGUUGACCUGUGUAUAGAAAUUUCCAGUUAAUAGUUGUUUGUUCUCGUGUCUUGCAUUUCUUUCAUUCUCUGUUUUACCGUGGAUUAGGUACGUAUUUAUUUUGUUAUUACUGGUUUCUAAGUCUAUGUGUUAUUUGUUAAUGAAUUGAACACCAAUAAAAAUGUAUUUCAU